AUGGCGUUACGGCAGAGAUUCAGGAAUCUGGCGGACAAGCUGGCUGUUGACUCAGAGCCCGGCUUGUCAACAAGACAGCUGAUGCUUGUCAACCAUGAUCUCAAGCCUGUGGAAAAGGAGCGCCGGCAAUGGGGCCCCUGGAACUUCGUCGCCUUUUGGAUCGCCGACUCGUUCAACAUCAACACGUGGAUGAUUUCCUCGUCCAUGAUCAUCGUCGGCCUGUCCUGGUGGCAGGCCUGGAUAUGCGUCUGGCUGGGCUAUUCCAUCUCCGCCUGCUUCAUCGUCAUGACGGGACGCAUCGGAGCGACGUACCACAUCGGAUUCCCAAUCAUCGGGCGAGCUUCCUUUGGUAUCUGGGGCAGUCUGUGGCCUGUUUUCAAUCGUGCUGCGAUGGCAUGCAUCUGGUACGGCGUCCAGGCCUACAUCGGCGGCACCUGCGUCUACCUCAUGAUCCGCUCCAUCUGGAAGUCCUGGGAUGCCUCGAAGAUGCCGGGCACCUUCGGCACCAGCGCCACAACGACCCCCGAGUACGUCUCCUUCGUCAUCUUCUGGCUCUGCUCCCUGCCGGCGCUGUGGUUCCCCGUGCACAAGGUGCGCCACCUCUUCACCGUCAAGGCCUACUUCGUGCCCGUCGCGGGCGUCGCGUUCCUCGUCUGGGCCUGCGUCCGCGCCGGCGGCGUCGGCCCCAUCAUCCGGCAGCCCGCCACCAUCCACGGCAGCGAGCUCGGCUGGCAGUUUGUCAACGGCGUCAUGUCGUCCAUUGCCAACUUCGCCACGCUCGUCGUCAACGACAGCGACUUCACGCGGUUCGCGCGCAAGCCCCGCGACGCCGUCUGGUCGCAGCUGCUGACCAUCCCGCUCGGCUUCGCCAUCACCUCCUUCAUCGGCAUCAUCGUCUCCUCCUCGUCCACCAUCAUCUACGACCAGCCCAUCUGGAGCCCGCUCGACCUGCUCGGCCGCUUCAUCGACGACGGCGGCUCCGGCCAGCGCUUCGGCGUCUUCGUCAUCGCCCUCGCCUUCGCCCUCGCCCAGCUCGGCACCAACAUCGCCGCCAACUCCGUCUCCGCCGGCACCGACAUGACGGCCCUCCUCCCGCGCUACAUCAACAUCCGCCGCGGCUCCUACAUCUGCGCCGUCGUCGGCCUCGCCAUGUGCCCCUACAACCUGCUCAGCUCCUCCAACCAGUUCACCACCUACCUCUCCGGCUACCUCGAAGUCAAGGAGCUCUACGACAGCCGCAGCACGGGGCCCUACUUCUACACAUGGGGCAUUCACUGGCGGGCCUACGCGGCGUACAUCUCCGGCAUCCUCAUCAACGUCGUCGGCUUCGCGGGCGCCGUGGGCACAAAGGUCCCCAUCGGCGCGACCUACAUUUACAACCUCAACUUCUUCUGCGGCUUCAUCGUUUCGCUGGGCAUGUACUGGAUUCUGUGCAAACUUUCGCCGGUUCCUGCCACGAGCGAUCGCUGGAUGGAGGUCGGCGAUGAGCUCGACGACGAGGCGCAGCCCACGGAUGACGGAGGCAGUCAGGGGAGCUACGACGAGGAGAGGGAGGCGGGUGUCAAGAGGCUGGAUAGGAAGGAUGUGCGCGAGGUGAAUUUUUAG